AUGGACAUGCUAAUUGACUCGGCUGCCGGACAUGCCAUGUUCUCAUUUAUGGAUGGUUUUAGCGGCUACAACCAAAUUAGGAUGUCACCUAAGGAUGUAGCCAAGACUGCCUUCCGGACUCCCAUUGGGAAUUUCUACUACACCAUUAUGCCCUUUGGCCUCAAGAACGCUGGCACCACUUACCAAAGGGCCAUGACCACGAUCUUUCAUGAUAUGAUGCACAAAGAAAUUGAAGACUAUGUAGAUGACAUUGUGGUGAAGUCAAAAGUAAGGGAAAACCAUUUUUGUGACUUAAGGAGGGUUUUUGAAAGAUGCUGCCUUUACAAGCUUUGUAUGAACCCCUCAAAUGUGCUUUUGGUUCAUUCUCGGUCUGGCCGCUCUCACCACUACCUUUACCCCCUUGCUGAAGAAGGGAAGGCCUUAUCACUGGAGUCAGAGAUGUUGGCAAGCCUUCUCUUAAUUGCAGCAACUUAUGACCAAGCUGCCAACCGGCAAUCUAUAGCUGACCUACUAGCAUGGUUCCCAGGAGAAGAAGGUUGGGAUGUUGCUGAUGAAGUCCCUGAAGAUUUACCGGAGGUUUCAACCGUUGAAGCAACUAAAACUAGGUGGAUUCUUAGAUUUGAUGGGUCCUCAACUGCUGCUGAAGGAGGAGCUGGAAUAGUUCUAAUCAAAGAAACAGGGGAAGCAGUAGCUAUGUUUGACAAUCGUUUUGCUGAUGCAUUAGCCACUUUGGGGGCUAGGAUUAGUUUUGAAGGUACUGCUACUGAAGUUACAAUCAUAAAGAAACCAGUUCCAGCCAUACAGGUACUGAAGAAGGAGUUUUUCGAACAGCCACUAGACCAAGCAGAUUGGCGGUCGCCUGUAAAGGAAUUCCUGUUGUCUCCCUCAAGCAAAGAGCAAUUGAAAUGUUUCAAAGAUUACACUUUGGUGGCAGGGGAGUUAUACAGAAAAUUUCUGGGAGGAGUCUUAGCAAGGUACUUAAGCCUAAGUGAGUCUCGUAAGCGACUAAGAGAAGUCCAUGAGAAAUCCUACGGCUCCAGCGAAGGCAUUUUGCUUGACAAUCGGGAUGAGGCGUAUCGUUUAAAAAGGAUGGUGACUUGCUACUUUGUGGAAGGAGGUGUCCUUUUCCAAAAAGGAUUCAAUGGGGAGCCCUUAAGAUGCUUGGGGACCCUCGAAGCACAAGCCUUCAUGCAAGAAGUUCAUGCGGGUGAAUGUGGGGAUCAUCAAGGCAAGAAGCGACUUCUCCAGCUGUUGCUUAACCUUGGAUAUUUUUGGCCAACCAUGAAGCAAGACACGGCCAAACAUGUGAAGACUUUGGUUACGGAGUACUUCACAAAAUGGGUUGAGGCAAUCCCGUUAAAGAAAGCUAUCGGUCCAGCAGUUGCAAAUUUCAUCCAUGAGCACAUAAUUUGUAGAUUUGGCAUCCCCCAUAAGAUCGUCAGCGAUAAUGGCACUCGUUUUGUCAACAAAGAUGUCCAUAAGCUGCUUGACCAUCGCCACAUUAAGCAUAGAAAGUCUACUCCUUACUAUCCCCAAGGCAAUGGCCAUGCGGAGGCAACUAAUCGAGUAUUGUUGAGAAUUCUCAGCAAGAUGGUCCACAAAUACGAGGGAGGAUGGAGUGAACAUUUGCUGGAAACUUUAUGGGCCUACCGAAGUUCAGCAAAGACUGCUACUGGUUUUUCACCGUUUUCUCUUGUGUAUGGCACCGAGGCUAUAUCACAGGUUGAAUUAUUAGUUCCUACUCCUAGGGUGGUUCACAGUCAAGAAAUUGAAAUGAGUGCGGCCACUUGUGCAGAAUGUAAGGUCUCCAACCUUGAGACCCUAGAGGAAGCAAGGAAUUUGGCCCUUAGCCGUAUCCAGCGGUAUUAG